CAUUUUGGUAACCAAGGGAGACGAUGUCAUGCAGUGAACAUAUUAGUCGUUUUGAAAUUUAAUAUGGCAACGAAAUAAGAGCCAAUUUUUGUCAAAGCGAAGCGAAUGUGUAUUCAUUUAACAGGUAUUUAAUCGCUUAGCCUAAAAAAAGACAAGCACUACAGAUUUCAAGGGGAUAUUUAUUCACACGAACAAGUUUUGAUCCGCUAAAGUCAAGCACAUGGCUUCAGGACAGGAAGGAGCGAAGGCACCGUUUCUAAACGAUUAUAAACUUGAGUUCUUUCAAAAAAGGUUUCCUCAAACGUUAACCGGUGGAUUGCGGGUUAAAAUUGGCGCUCCGUAUUAUGUAUAUAUUUACCAAGUUAUUGUAUUUCUUUGGCCAGCUAUUCUUGGUGGGAUUUUCACUGUACUGACUGAAUUUGAUGUACUACAAGAUUAUGUUUGCUGUUAUAUAUAUGGCGGGAUAAUAUGGUUGACAGUUACAUGUGUAUAUUUGCUAAGAUUGUAUUUAUUAAGAGACGCGUAUACUAAAGGAAGUCAAUCAAGUAGGCAUAAUGUUUUAGCCGAUGACGAUCAAAUAGAUUUUUCAUCGUGUUGCGAUAAAGAUACUUUUCUUUUUAUAUUCCCAGCAAGUAAAUAUUUAUACAGACUUUUGCAUGGUGCACUGUUAGCCGUUUUAUGUGGUAUGACAUUUCUGUAUCUGCUACCAUCUCGGUUACAGGAUCUAGGUUACGGCACUGGUUUGACCAUUGUUCUGUUAAUAUUUAACUGGUUAACAUUAUGUAUUGCAAGUCAUUCGUUAACUGUUCAGCCUCCUCCAGAGACGGCUAUCUUUAGGUCGUUAGACAACGUGGGGCUAAAUGUGUUUAUGAGGCCUUUUUAUGUUGCAUCUAUUACCAUAGUUGGUGUCUUGGCACGGUAAGUUAUAUUAAUAUUAUAUUAGCAUUAAUCUAUAAACCUGGUGAGCUAUAAUGCCCUUCUCUGUUCUUUUAUCAAAUUUCAGUCAAUCACAUUAAUGGUUCAUUAAUAGUUUGUUAAUGAGUUUAAAAUUUUGUGGUCUCUUUAAGCUGGUGCACAGAAUGUACGAUAUCAUUUUUCUAGGCAUUACUCCAGUUUAGAAGAGAUCAGUGAAAUGCUUUAUAUUGUCAUGGCAACACUACCUCUCUUGUGGACAGUUGGUCUCUUGCCGCCACUAGACGCCUUGUUUCCUUGGCUUGGUGAACAAGUAUUGGUUUUUGCAUUAGGUGGCACAUAUAUGGCAUCAGACAGCAGGUAAAGGAAUAUUGGCAUACACAUAUCAUCUGUUCUGCAAUAUGAUUGAUUUGCAAGUUGAUGUGCUGUCCCAUUUGAUCAAAUUUAGAAGUUAUUGGCAGGUGACCUGUCUGCAAGUUAUACAUUAUAAAUAGGCCCUUUGUAUGAUACUUAGCAUUACUGUACUCUAUUAAUGCUGAACAAUACUGAUAUUUUACUCUAAUUAAUGCUGAACAAUUUUACUAGUCAAGGCUAGAGUGCUGCCAGUCAGCAAAGUUAACCCAUUGGGCUUCAGCACUCAUCCCUUGACAAUAAAGAUCAUCUGGCAUUAGACAGAGUAAGACUUGUUUUAGAUACGCUGAAUUUCGGUUGCGUCGAAUGCAAUUCAAACAAUAGAUAAUGAAGCUUAACGAGGUUUAGCAACUCAUUGUCUUAAUUGCAGUCGACGCGACCAAAAUUCGAUGUAUAAAAAAUAGAGUAGGGCACAUAAGGGCACAAUGCAGCCUACUGGGUUAAUAGUGUCAUCCUGUCAGUGAUCAGAAUCUUCCAUUGUUUUGAAAAUCCCACUGUUCUCCAUGUCUUCCAAUCAUACUGUACAUCGUUUUGACUUUUUGUAGUAUUCAAAUGCAAAGGGCCUUUACUAAUUACUGUAUAUGUUAUAAAAAUAAUUUGUUAUACUUAAACCAUUAAGUGCACAAGACUCUCCCCUUGACAAGUAAAAUCAUCUGACAUUAGAUACAGUAAAAUACUAAAUUUAAAAUUAAAAUGGUUAACUUGUUAAGUCUUUGUGCCCUAAUUCCCCCUUCUAAUUCCCCCUUCUUUGUCUAAUUCCUACUUACAGCUUUGGCUGGUCAAUGUGAUUUACUAUUAGUCGAGACUAAUUUUCUGUCAAGGAAAAGUGUUUGGUAUAAAAUGGAUUUAUUCUGAACCUUUUAGAUUACUGUUUUCGUUGAUGGUAUCUGCUUUGGCCUUCAUUCCUGCAUGUUUUAUCACGAACUAUCUUGCACUCGUCACUUACUCAGCGGCCAUUGGAUUCAUUCUUAGCCUUGACCUAUUCCACAUAACUCAAGUCAUUGUAAACUAUGUGACCAAAGGCCACCUAAAAGAUGGUCACUUUCCUACCAUACCAACCAUCAUAAAGUAUGGUAUAAUACUGGUUAUUGGUACUGUUAUUGCUGGUGUUACCAGUCACUUCCACGAGGAUGCAACCAAAAGCAUGUUUGAUUCAUUCGGUUACGUCUUUGUGGUUUUAUUGCUGCUGUUAAAAGUUCUGGGUGAUCUACAAUAUGUCUACAUUGCCUCGGGAUUGACCAGGAAUCCGUUGUAUAUAAAGAGCGCGACUUCUGUGGAGAGGUUGAAGAAAUUUCAACGUAAAAUUGGAUAUGUUGGUCACAUUUAUAACAUCCUACUUUCAUAUAGUACGUGUUUUGUUUUUGAAAGUGUAUUUUAUGCAUUAGAUCCUACGUAGAUAUGUAUCUCAAUAUAAAUGGAAAAUAAUUUCUUCCAAAACGAAGCAAAGUUUUGACCAAAAUGGGUUUUCUGGCAUACCACUAUUCUUCCCUUGCGCCUGCACGCGGGCUAUUUCUGGCAUGACGUCAAAACACGUGACAUGCAUGAAAUCGCGAUUUAUACCGACAGUGCACGCGUACAAACGCACAAGUUGUAACAAACCUGCAGCAGACUUAUAAUAACAAUGCUGUUCCAAAAACUUGUCAACAGGAUGUGUUCGCACGGCUUGUUCCCAGCUUGUUGACAACUUACACACGUAAAACUCCCACAACUUGUCAACAAGAUGUGUUCGCAACAGGCUUGUAGCAAGCUUGUCAACAAUGUUGUUAUUUCAUCAAGUUACAGUAAUUGCUACAAGGUUGUCACUCACAACUUGCUGACAAAUUGUUGAAUUGCAAGACGAUAACAAGUUGUUGGAACAACUUGUAACAAGUCUGUUGAGCUCAACAACCUUGUAGCAAGUUGUGAACAAGCCGUUGACAACUUGUCAACAAGCUGGGAACAUGCAGUGCGAACACAUCCUGUUGACAAGUUGUUGGAACAACAUUGCUACAAGUCUGCUGCAGGUUUGUUACAACUUGUGCGUUUUUACGUGUGUACAAUCGCACAAGCUAUAACAAACCUGCACACGUAAAAAUAACACACGUAAAAAUAUCACACCUUGUAGCAAGUCUGCUACUAACAAGCCGUCAACAAGUUGUGUUCGCACUGCUUGUCCCAAGUUGUCAACAAGUUUGGAAGAAGCUGUUAACAACUUGUAACAAGCUUGAUGACAUUAUCAGACUUGUGGCAAGGUUGUUCCAACAAGUCUGAUACAGUCAUGAUAUAACAAUAUUGUUCCAGCCUUGUUUCGUCAACCUUGUAACAUUCUUGUUAUAUCAUGUUUGUAUCGGACUUGAAACAGAACAACCUUGAAACAGAACAACCUUGAAACAAGUCUGAUAAUGCCAUCAAGCUUGUUACAAGUUGUUAACAGCUUGUUCCAAACUUGUUACAACAACUGGGAACAAGCAGUGCGAAGACAACUUGUCGACAGCUUGUGAACAGAUUUGUAACAACUUGUUUGCAGACUUGUAACAACUUGUGCGUUUUUACGUGUGUAUACUACAAAGUUGUUGAGCUCAACAGACUUGUUACAAGUAGUUCCGACAACCUGUUAUCGUACUGCAAUUUAACAACUUCUCAACAAGUUGUGAGUGACAACCUUGUAGCAACUUGAUAAAAUAACAUUACAACUUGUUGACAAGCUUGCUACAUUUUAUUCUCUAGUUUGUCCGUUGAUCAUGGUAGCUUUUCUUGGAACAUUCCUCAAUACUUCAAAAGAUCUCGGUUCAUUUGUUAAAGCAUUGGGAAUAAUUAGAUCUCUAAGAUGGGUAAGCUGUACUUUGGAUAUUUACUAAAACUAUCUGUACCAGUGUAGGUAGUACCAAUGUGAAAAUGCUGUGCUGAGUGGUUAUAUUACUCCCUGAAAUAAACAAGCAGAAACUCGACGUUUCGAGCGAAGGCCCUUUGUCAAGAGCCUUCGCUCGAAACGUCGAGUUUCUGCUUGUUUAUUUCAGGUAGUAAUAUAACCACUCAGCACAGUACUUUGGAUAUUAUACGUAUACGGGCUGAUAUUCCUUGACAAGUUUUAUUCGUUCAUGUGUCCGCCAAGGAAAAUUUGACAAGUGUACAAGAAAUACCUCUAUGGUUUUGGCAAACAAAAGUCGGCCUUGACGUGAGAAAUAUUUAACAACAUUCCGUGCACAUGAACAACAAAACUUGUCGGGGAAAACUUGUUGACUGUACUCACGAGUAGGGGUGCACCGGAUUUGGAAUUUUCAAAUCCGGAUUUACCGGAUUUAGACAAAAAUUCCGGCCAGAUUUGAGAUAAACCGGUAAUGGGGACAAUUGGGGAUAAAUCAGUAUUCAAAAUGGCGGUUUAUGUUUUUUACUAUUUUUAGUUAGAUUGUGUUUAAACCUUUUUUAAAUAUCUUUUUGUUAAUAACUUAACAUUUUAUAAUAAUAUAAGUGUUUUAUAAACUUUAAUGCUGCCAAAUUGAUGGUCUAUCCCAUUCUUGGUGAUUUUUUUAAGGUGAAAACAGAAAUUUAAAUCCGGCCGGAUGCCGGAAAAUUCAUUAAAUCCGGCCGGAAUUCCGGCCGGAUUUGAAAUCCGGUGCACCCCUACUCACGAGAAAGUAAACUUGUCAAUCACUUGGCGCAGUCGUCAGGCGCCUUUCACCUCUGAGAUCGUGGGUUCGAUUCUCGUUACGGACUCAUGCAUGACACUUAUGUGAAAAGAGUCAGUGAACGCUCUACCGAAAGUCGUGGGUUUUCUCCGGGAACUCUGGUCUCUUCCCACAGGGAAUGUUGACAGGGUGGGUUGGGAUUAUCCCCCCAACUGACCCUUCCAUCGUAGCUGCAUGUGCUCCGUGAUCAGACAUGAGUCAUUGUAAGGUGGCUGUCAUAGGCGCCCUUAGAAAGCCUUCGACUCGAUCAGGUUGAGCUGCGUCCCUCGUAACUCAGCUUAGCUCUCAGCUGCACGUAAGGAUGAUUAGCACACCCCACUUACUUACGAAAACUUGCCCGUGUGUAAGGCACUUAAAUUAACCCAUUCAGUGACAGCACCCUCCCCUUGACGAGUAUUAAAUAAAGUCGUGUGGCGUUAGAGUUUAGACAGAGUGAAAUAAUAAAGUAGGGCGCAAAUGCGCAAUGUCACUUAAAGGGUUAACAAGAUAUCUGAGCAGAUACCCUUCACGGGUAAAAUCGUCUGGCGUUGCACAUAGUAACAUAAUAAAGAAGGGUGCAUUGAUAGCGCGAUUUAUGGACCAGUCUCUCAGUCUCUAACUUUACAACUAUUUUACUUAUUUAUCUUAGGCCUGGCAGAAUACGCUCAAAUGUCUUCUCGAAGUAACCAUAUGUUGUGUGAUAGUCUGGAUAGACAUAAACAGCACAUGGUGGAGCAACCUAGGCAUUGGUGUGCAACUUAUGCUAAUUAGCAUCAUCACCGACCGACUGAGCGAAUUACUCACAAAGAUGAAAUUCAUGUUUACGGUGUUUAUCACAUCAUGGACUGAGGCGAAACAAAGGCAUUCCGCAACCGUGCCCACUUUAAUAACAUCCCUGGUCUUUUUCCCACUAAUUUUGGCGAUUGUGGCGGUUUCAGUUGCAUUGUCAGCGCCGCUAACCCCUCUCUUUUGCUUUCCUAUAUUUUUCGUCGGUUUUCCACGCCCCAAACGUAUGUGGCCAUCUUUGGCGGCGCAAAUUUCAAACGGUAGCGAGGGGUCUGUAUUCUACCAACAACUUGUGCCGAAAAUUUGUAAUGAAUUGCAACGCGCCAUUGCAAGUGGGAACCUCGUUAAAAAAAGCGAUUUUUUACUGGUUCGCUACCAAGAUAGACUCAUUGUAGUGCACAUAUUAGAGCGAGGUUAUAAGUACUGUACUUUGAUAGCACGAGGUUUAGAACUACAAGAAACUUCGUGCCAUACAGUAGAAGCGGCCAGGGUGGACGAUAUUUUUGAGGACGUGUUUACAAAGGAUAGAACUUCAACGUUUGGGUUUAACCCCUACCCGUUACAUACACUGACACCCCUAAAUUGUCUGGUAGUCGAAACCUAUUCUGAUGCGCAUAAUGUUCUUACUGGAGUUAUCGACCAGCCGGAGAAUAUUGGAAGGCAGUCAACUAACUUUAUGAAAUGUUUAGUUUGGGUUUUAUUGAACCAUCAGAAGUGUAAGAAAGGGAACGAUAGGAAUGAAAACUCUGUCGUGGAAAAUCACGAGACUUUUGAUACGAGUGAAGUGACGGAAUUGAAAGAUGAUCAUAUGGCUCUUCAAAACACUCAAACGACGUUGUGUGAUUUACAGAGUGAGGAAAAUUUAAGAUCACUUCCAGUAACACAAGGUAAUACUGAGGACUGCUAUUGUUAUAUUUAUUAUGUGAUCUGUGCACCUGCCUUUUUGUUUUACCUUUCUGCAACUUCGACUUCAGUUACAUGUGAGAAUUCUAACAUCUGGUACUCCUGUUUUUUCUCCUGUAGUAAUACUGCAUGGGCAAAUAAGUGAUGGCCCUAACUGCACCUCUAGAACGAUUAGUUAGAAGUGAUAGAGCUAUCCAGUAUUAUUAAAAUUAGUUUAGAUUUCCUCUGUAGUAACAAUAGUAGUAAUGACUGACAGAGAUGAUCCGCACUCGACCUAGCCUGCUCGUAGCCCAAAAUUUCGUUCAAAGGGGCUGCGAGCAGGCUACACUUGACCCCUAAGGAGAAUAGUUUAAAACCGAUAGAACUAUCAAGUAUAAACACUGUAAAUUUAGUUUCGAUUUAACGCAGCCAAUCAAAGUUAAAGAAAGUAUGGAAUGAAUCUCUGAUAAACUUUCUUCUAUAGAAAAGCACUCGAAGACAGCAACAAUUCUUCCCGAUGCAGACUGGUCUGAUAAAGAGUGGUCUGACCACAGCGACUCGAGUGACAAUGAGGACGAAGUUACAACCAAACCUUUAGAAACUGUGGGGGAUGACCCUCUGAUGUUCUUUGGCUUGCCCGCUCCAGAUAUUGGAAGCCAAACGAAACUUAACAGUGGGACCUCACGAAAAUCAGGGGGCGUGUUCCCCAGUAGAAAAAUCACACCUGUGGCUGUGGAAACUAGGAUGGAGCAUGCCUCACAAGUAGGUGGGGUAGGGGGUGGGCAGCCCUCGACCUGGUACAAUUUGCUACAUACUUGCAGGAAGUACCUCUCCCAAAUACAGUCUGAAUUUCCAGAAGAAUGGUUUGGUGAUGUUACCAGCAAUGUUAACACACAUGGAAAAGCUGACCAAACCCAUGAUGAGGUACAACUCAGUAUGUUUCGGGAUGUUGUGAUGUACUGUUAUGCUGUGAUCAAUAUCUGUGGUUUACAUGGCAGUGUUCUCGAUGCUGGACCUGCGCAUAUCAACAGAGUUUUUCAAGACCGUAUUCCCUGGUCACCGGAACUUGAUCUGUUGGAACAAGACGAUGAAUUGAAACAACUGGUUUUGAAAGCGUAUAGGUGAGUGUGGAAGAAAUUGUACAAGUUUUGCUCAGUGUUUGUCGCGCAGUUGUUAAGCAUUGUGCCUUAUUGCACCUCUAAGGAGAACAGAAAUGGAUAGCUUUCCAGUAUAAUAAAGUUAGUCAGAGCAAGCGCCUUUCACCUCUAAGAUCACGGGUUCGAUUCUCGCUUCGGAACAAUAUUGUUGAGCCUGAAUCGGGUGUAACAAUAUUGUUCAAUAUUGUUGACAGCUAUGAACAAUGUGGACAGCAAAACAUUGUUCAAUCCUGUUUUCAUCAGUAUUGCAUCAACCUGAGCGUUUUUACGCGUGUAGGCCUGUCUAGGCCACAGUAAGUAACAUAAGUAAGCGUAAUACUUGAUGUAGUCGGUCACUGAAAAGCCCCAAUGGGGAGUGAGCUGAAUGAUAAUGUAAUGUAAUGUAAGUUUAGUUCCUGGCUCUGAAGACGUUUUAGUAAGUCUAUUAUCAAGGGCCCAUUUGCUCCGCUACUUCCCGUGUCAAGUUUGAGACAAGCUGCUCAAACUUUUGUGGCAUCAGUUUCCAAUACACUCAAUUUUCUAUGUUAGCUCAUCCCACUUACCAGGUAGGGAGACCCAUAUGAACAGUCCCUAUUAGAACUACUAUAUAUUCAAAUGAUAUUCAUUUUCAGGUAUGCAUUCAAACUAACGUACGAUGAAGCAGUUCUUGGUCCGGUUGAUGAUCACGAUGAACUACUAGAGACAUUGAAUGAUUACGAAGAGAACUGGUUCAUUGGAAUUGAAAAUAAACCUGGGUGGAAUGAAGCGAUAUUACAAGAGAAACCCAACCUAUUUACAAUAGGAUAUGAUGCUGAUAAGGUAGGUUAACAGAGGAUUGCUUGUUGUCAUUAACUAUUAGAGAACAUUAGAUUUUGAAUUGUGAUGUCCAAACGCCCUCUUGCGCAAGGGCAUGUUUUAUUUUCUAACGAUGCAUAACUCAGCCUCUGUUUUUCAAUUAUCACACGGAGUUGCCUUGAAGAUAUGAAAUUUGCAAUUAUGUGAAAUUCAGUGAUGUUGUAUUAAAGGACUUGUUUGUCGUAUACCUGAGCCUGACUCUUCUACAGUCCCUCAACAAGGCAGGCGCUGCGGGUUAGGACCAUCGCCGAAUUUUGAGGGGAGGUGCACACCUCCCCCAAGAUCGUUUUGCACCUCCCCCUGAGAUUUUUUGCAACUCCCCUGAAACGUCAUGCACCUUCUAGUCUGAAAGGUUAAAUUAUGUACCAAAGUGACAAUUUGCCAAUUUUUUACCCUUUUAAUGCAUUAGGUUAAUGGGAAUAAACUUGCCACACAUUCCGAAAGCCUUUGAAUAAUAGCUUGAAUAACUGUAUAACAAAGCUGUGACAAUAACAAUUUUUCGACCCUUCAAUAUUUUGCGAAGGUUCCGCCAAUGGUCGAAUGAAAUCUAUUCCCAUUUCUUCGCAGUAAACCAUUUCAUAUUUUCAUUUUUUUUAGGCUACGUAUACCAGUCACUUGCUGACGAAACAAGAACUAAUAUUAUACACUGGAACACUGAACAGUGAAGCCGUGAACGGUCAGUGGUCGUCUCUGGCCUUUGAACUACUUUAUUUAACAAACGACGAUGAGGAGCGAUAUAGUAUUCAAGCUCAUCCAGUACUGUUGAGAAAUCUCACGAUGCAAGCAGCAGAUCCGCCAUUAGGAUACGCUGUGUAUUCAUCUGGGCCCGUGCAUAUUACGUAUGGCUUAAUGUAGCCAUAAAACUUAUAUAAUGGCAGAUGGCCUGUAUAGGCGUGGAGUGUUUAAAUAGUGUGGUUACAUACUGUAUAUGGGUCAAUAUAGGUCAGUAGGUGCAGUGUGGAUUAUAACAUUUUCGCUUGGGUCCGAGCCUAAAUGUCCGCUUAAGUGUGUGUUGCUCGGAUAUUGGGUAAAAAUGGUCGGCCAGCUUUUCAAUAUUUACAUUCAAUGGUCGUGCUGAUCGCUAUUUAACUUUUGGCAAGCAGUCCCAACGAUCAAUGCAACCGAAAAUGUCUGCUACAUAAACUUGGUAGUUGGUACUAUAGAUAUCUUAUGUACACUAGAUAGCGCAUCUCUUUUAGUAAAAUUGAAGCCAAGAAUAUUCCAGCGGUUACCCCCAUUUGAAUAGAUGGCGGCCAUGUUGGUCGUUCCCAUUUGCUAAUAAACGCUUAAAAACAACAAUAACUUUCAUCAUUUGAAUGGUUUAAAAAGUAUUUGGAAUAGGUUUAACUUAAUGUUUAAGUUCUCUGUUUAAGAAAUAGAAAACAUACGAAUCUCCUCAUUUCAUGGGAACGACCUGACUGCAAUCACAGCUCCAAUCUUUGAAUUGCAGAAUAAUUAGAUGCACUAUCUAGUGUAUAAUAUAAGAUAUCUAUGGUUGGUACCAUAAACUUUUGUUGCCCGUCACAGUGAAACCAAGAAAAUGUUUUGUGUUCAUUUUCUUGCAUGCUUUUUGAACAGUCCUUAAUUUAAAUGAAAAUUGCAUAUUUUAUCUGAUCGGUCAACAUGUCUUCACAGAAUAAAAUUAGUGCUUUUGUUCGGCAAAAUAUCCGAGUGCAGACCAUUGUAAUUCACACUGUGUGAUGAAACAAUGAAACGUUGAUGAAACAAUGUUAUUGAGUGUUACAUGAAGUAAUGUGGCCUGGACACUGCUGAUUUGUAUUGACUGUGUGCUUAUUUCCUCUGUUGCCUCUCUCGACCUACAUCUCGCAAGGCCUCGUGGCAUCAUGGGAAACUCGCACCAGUUCCCAUGAUACAACGAGAGCGAAGUAAGCAUGCUCAUAUGGAUCUUGUACACCAGAAAAUACACCGCCAACAUGUACAUUGGCAUUUAUCAAUAUAUUAAAAUAAUAAUAAUUAUUUUAAUAAUAAUUAUUAUUAUAUUAUUAAUAAUACAUUAUUUUGUAUUAUGUACAUUGGCAUUUAUUACUAUAUUAAAAUACAUUACCCGUUUACAUCACUCGGGAAUAACCUUUUUCCACGAAUUAAAGUCUUUGAUCAUCAGGAGUGAUUCUGGAAUGCCUUAAUUCAUUGAGAUCAUUGUUAAGCAUCUCUAUAUGGGAACAUGAUUCACCCAUCCACAAUAUUAAUUUUCUUUCGCU